UCAAGUGAUUUAGACAGAGAGAGAAGUUGAUGUCACACCGUUGUUCUACCGACCGGAACAGACCGAUAAUUUUAUCAUUUCAUUUCCAUCUCGGGAUUUGUUCAGUCGCACCUCCACACGCGCGCGCGCGCGUGUGUAUGUGUGUCUGUGUGUGUGUGUGUGUGUGUGUGUGUGAGAGAGAGAGAGAGAGAGAGAGAGAGAGAGAGAGAGAGAGAGAGAGAGAGAGUGUGAAUGUGUGUGUAUACGCGCGUGCGUGAGUGAGUGAGUGAGUGCGUGCGUGCGUGCGGUGCGUGUUUUUCUUUCUUUCUUUCCUUUUCUUUUUUGCUUGUUGUUGUUGCUGCUGUUGUUAAUUUCCGUUCCGUGUUUGGAUCAUGAAUAAACUGUACGUGGGGAACCUGAGUCCCUCGGUCACAGUGGACGACCUGAAGCGGCUGUUCUGCGAGUGCGAGCUGCCCGUCAGCGACCGCACCGUCUUACUGAAGUCCGGUUACGCGUUCGUGGAUUUUCCUGACCAAAAGUGGGCCAUAAAAGCGAUCGAAACGCUAUCAGGGAAAGCGGAGUUGCACGGAAAGGUGAUCGAGGUUGAUUAUUCCGUCCCCAAGAAAUUAAGGAGUCGUAAGAUUCAGAUCCGGAACAUUCCCCCUGACCUGCAGUGGGAGGAUUUAGACAGUCUGUUAUCACAGUACGGCUCAGUAGAAAACGUGGAGCAAGUGAAUGCUGACUCAGAGGCAGCUGUGGUGAAUGUCACAUAUGCAUCAAAAGAGGAAGCUAAAGAGGCCAUAGAGAAGCUGACGGGCCACAGUCUGGAUAAUUACUUGUUCAGCGUGUCCUACAUUCUGGACGUGGAGGGCAGUGGAAACGAGAGUGAUGCGGGAGCCCCGGCCCAGCAUGGGGCAUCCCGAGGAGGCAGAGGUAUGCGGGAGUCUGACUCCGCCCACUCCGGGGCCAUGGGGGGCUUUCAGGGAGCUCACCACUCACAGCACGAGCUCCCGCUGAGGCUGCUGGUCCCUACACAGUUUGUCGGAGCUAUCAUCGGCAAAGAAGGUCUGACCAUCAAGAACAUCACCAAGCAGAGCCAGUCCAAAGUGGACAUCCACCGUAAGGAGAACGCAGGGGCUGCAGAGAAACCCAUCACCAUCCACUCGUCCCCAGAGGGCUGCUCACACGCCUGCAGGAUGAUCCUGGAGGUCAUGGAGAAAGAAGCCACGGACACCAAGACUGCUGAGGAGGUCCCUCUUAAGAUUUUGGCCCAUAACAGUCUAGUAGGACGGCUUAUUGGUAAAGAAGGCAGGAAUCUGAAAAAGAUUGAGCAGGACACUGGGACCAAGAUCACCAUUUCACCCUUGCAGGAUCUGACCAUCUACAACCCCGAGCGUACAAUCACGGUGAGGGGAGGAGUGGAGGAGUGCUGUAAUGCAGAAGUGGAAAUCAUGAAGAAGCUGAGAGAGGCGUAUGAGAACGACAUGGCCUCCCUGAACCUGCAGACGGCACUGAUCCCCGGUUUAAACCUGAAUGCUUUAGGGAUUUUCUCUCCUACUCUUCCUGUUAUGUCUUCAGCUACAGGAGCUCGUGGAGUCACAUCACUUCCUACCACCUACAGCCCCUUAAUGGGUCAGGCAUCAGCGCUGGCUGGUUUGUACGGAUCUUCCCCCUCGUUACCCCUCCAGCAAACAUCUCCGGAGCAGGAAGUGGUGUAUCUUUUCAUUCCCACUCAAGCAGUUGGAGCUCUAAUAGGGAAGAAAGGACAGCACAUCAAGGAGCUGGCACGGUUUGCUGGAGCUUCUAUCAAAAUCGCUCCAUCAGACAGUCCCGAGGCCUCGGAGAGAAUGGUCAUCAUCACCGGCCCUCCUGAAGCCCAGUUUAAGGCUCAAGGUCGGAUAUUCAGAAAGCUGAAAGAGGAAAACUUUUUCACUGCGAAGGAGGAAGUGAAGCUGGAGACGCACAUCAAAGUCCCCGCAGCCGCCGCCGGUCGAGUCAUAGGCAAGGGCGGGAAAACGGUGAACGAACUGCAGAAUCUCACCAGCGCUGAGGUCAUCGUUCCACGAGACCAGACGCCCGACGAGAACGACGAGGUGUUUGUGAAAAUCAUCGGCCAUUUUUUUGCUAGUCAGUCUGCACAGCGGAAGAUCAGGGAAAUCAUCCAACAAGUCAAACAGCAGCAGCAGAAAAACCAACAGGGGGCAGCGACACCAUCGCAGCACACCAAGUGACCAGCAGGGGGCAGCCAGCAAACAGCAGCAGCAGCAGCAGCCUGUGAAUGUAGCUCCUCCGAGCGCAAACCAAAUCGAACAAAAAGGCGCAAGAGAACGAAAAAAAAACAAGCGGGAAGGAAACACACAGAAGGACAUGCAACAAGAUCGAAACCAAAGAACCUUAUAAGACCUGAGCGAGCCUCGUUCCGAGAGCUAAAACUACUCUGUGAGCGCUCCAGAUGUUUCAUAAUUCUGAACGUGAGGAGAUGCUGUAGAAUGGUACGCUGGGUUGGAUCUGUCCUCUAAGAAGCACACGUUAAAAUCCGGCUGCCUGUGAGAUGAUCGUACCAGCAAACAUUGUGCUUCUCUCCCACGCAGGAGAGGAAGCUGCAGCCAUCAGCACAUUCAGGCUGAGUGCAGCACACUGUGGAAAUGUAGCCUGACUAGCAUGUAACAACACAGACUGUUGAGCGAGUGACAAAUAACUACCUGAGGGAGCGCGGAGUAAAGACGCGUAGAUGUGUAAUAGUGUCUGUCGAUUCCAAGACCGUAUUGUGUGUUCUAUAAAGUCGCCUGUAGCCUUCGAAAGUUUUAAUUAAAGAAAAAGAAAAAAAAGAAAAAAAAUCCCACCCGGACACUUAUGGCAGAAUUCCCAACUCAUUUAGCAUAUGGAUACAUAAGUAGUUAGCAUGUCCCAAUCACACUCUGAAAUUUCCUUAGCGUAGAUGCUAAUUUUGCACUUUUUUAGUGUUUGUUAAUCAGGCCUUUGAUGUGAAUAAACAGUCAGGCUUUAAUAUAGACGUUUUAAAGUUUAGCACAAGAUUCUCAGUUUCAGUUGAAUAGCGUCUGAUAAUUUGCCCCUGUGCUAACCCGCUUCUCCCGUCUUGCUUUUUUUUUAUCCCUGUGUUUCUUUGCCGUUUUUUUUCUAGCUCACCUGACCGAGAUUGAAGUCUACUGAGCUCUCCUGGCCUACAAAUUAUGAGGGACAAAAACAAAAGAGUUUAAUACGAUUAUGAUUGUAAACAAUGUCCAGUCAGCCUUUUUAUUGCGAAUGUUGUUACAGCCUCACUCACCCUGAAUACGUGCUCUGUACUAGAUUCAACUGAAGCACUUAAAAUAUUUUAGCGUGCAAAAAAAAAAAAGUGAACAGCAAAAGUCUGGAAAAGUGCAAGUGCAAUAAUUAGAGGCUGCCUACAAGCUGCAUUCGGGACAAUUAAUCACGUCCUGUACAGGCGGCCUGAUAACCAGUGAAUGUAUACAGUUUCUACCUGCCUUCUGCAGCACACUACGUCCUGUCUGUCUGUCUGCAUGUCUGUCUGUCUGUCUCUCUGCCUGUCUGUCUGUCUCUUUGUCUGUCUGUCUCUUUGUCUGCAUGUCUGUCUGUCUCUUUGUCUGCCUGUCUCUCUGUCUCUUUGUCUGUCUGUCUGUGUGUCUCUCUGCCUGUCUGUCUCUUUGUCUGUCUGUCUGUCUGUCUGUCUGUUUGCCUCUCUCUCUCUUUGCCUGCCUUUUUGUCUCACUGCCUGUCUGUCUGUCUGUCUUUCUUUCUUUCUUUGUCUUUCUUUGAUUUUUUUUGUAUUCUUUCUUUUCUUUAUUCUUGUCUUUUUUGGGUUUUUUUUGUAAUUUCUGUAUUUUUCUUUUUUUUUAUUAUUUCUGCUUAACCUCCCUUUUAUUUCCCCACUUUCUAUAUGUCUUUUUAAUGUUUGUCAUCUUCCUUUCUUUUUUCCUUUUAAUCCUUAUUUUGUCUUUUUUUCUUUCUUGUUCAUGUUUGUUUAUGCAUUUCUAUAAUAAUCCUAUCUUUAUUUUUUUUUAUUCUUUAUUCUUUUGAGUCUUUCUUCUUUCUCUCUCCUCUUGUCUCCUCUUCGUGUCCUGCGUUCGAGGCACAUCAAACGUCUUUUGACCUUUUUUUUUUUUUUUUUUUUACUUUUCCUGGCUUGUAAGAAACUUGUUCUUAUGUGUCCUGAACCGAAAAAAAGAAGAGUGUCUGAAUUUUUAUUAUUUUUUUUUUUUUUUGUUUAAACUUAAAUCUUACAAUCAUACAAGUUGACCGUGGGACGUUUAUGGCUUAUCUUUUUGUUUAGUUUUUUCGGUGAGAAAUGCUGCCCUUUAAAAUUUCCUAAUGAUGAGUUUUAGAAGCCAUUAAAGAUGCUGACUUUUAUAAAAAAAACAAACAAAAAAAAAACAAACAAAAAAACAAUUCAUCACCUUGUUAUUUGAACUUUCCUGCGCAGUGAUAAAGUGAUGGUGGAGUCUGAGCGGUUAGUGUGAUAGAUCACUACACUGAUGAGGUGCUGUUCAUCCUGUUAAACAUGAAGCUUAGCGGUUAUUUAUGGAUAGGUAAAAUAAUUAAAUACAUAUAUAUAUAUAUACACACAUAUGUAUAAAGAUCAUGCAGCGCUAAUACGAUUGUUUGCACAGGACAGAAAUCUAACCUUCAUGUAAACCAGUACGAGAAAUAACCUUCUACCUCAAGAACAAGGUACCUCAGUCCAAUCUCUUUCUACAUAUUUUGUAUAAACCUUGUAAAUUUAGCUCAUGAGUGAUUUUUUUUUUUUUAAUUUUCUAAAAAAAUAAGAAGAGCGAUUAAAAAGUUUUUUACAAGAGAAUUAGUAAAGAUGGUGUAACACCACCACCGUGCUUUUUCUUGGGAAAGGGGCACGUGCCUCGUACCAGAAGCUGUACAUUGCUGUACUUUAUUGGACCUUAAGAGUUCCUUGUUGAGGUUGAUAUAACUAACGCUAGCACAACUGACUACCUGGAGAGAUGAGAUUAACACCGCUCUUGUAUUAGCCCCCCCCCCCCGCCCCCCCCAAAGUAUUUUGUUUAACAUAAAAUUUUAAUGAAAAAAAAUAAAUAAAUAAAAAAAAGUCAUGCCAGAUAUGCGACAAGUUGUAAGUGUCAGUAGUAAGAAACGAUUUGUAGCUGAAAAAAUUCAGACUGCUUGCUAGUUUUUUUGUUGUCUUUUUUUUUGUUGUUUUUUUUCUGCGGUGUAACUCCAUAGCAAAGUCGCGCCACUCUGAAAGGGUGCAGUAUCUCAUUAACACGUUUCUUCUGAAUAGCCGCUAACACCAAUCUGUGUGGUUUUAGGAAAUCUAUUUUUUAGUUCCAAUGCUGUUACAUGCUGUUUGAUUCCCAUCUGUAAAAUGCAGAGUUUAUCACUAUCUAACCUGGUUGUCGGUUUAUUUACAGGUCUGUUGCUUUUUUGUUUUGUUUGCUAACUGGUUGUGCUUCUGGUGUUAUUUUUCUGUGUUUCUCUGUAUCAGGUUCUGUUAUACCUGUACUGUGAAUGGUUUGGCCUUUAGACAUGGCAGACCUGUGAAAGCACUGGAUUACAACAGUGCUUAUUAAUACAACACACACACACACAAACACACACACACAAGCUUCUGCUAACUUUUUUUUUCCAUUUAGGAUUGAACUUGUUUUGCUUUCUUUAGCUAAACCACACAGACCACCAGCUUGGAUAUGAGCAAUAAAGAAACACUUUAAAACAGUG